AUGGCGGAGGUGGACAUCUGCCGGGGCGGCCGGGAGGAGGCUCCGAGCCGGCGCGGAGGGGCCGCAGCACGUGCGCGCGCGGUCACGUGGCCCGGCCGGAAGCGCGCUGGGCAGCGGCGUGCGCGGGCCCGGCGCGGCGCGGCGUCUACGAGCGGGUUGCUGCCUCGGCCCCGCCACCGCCCAGCUGGGGCCCAGCGCCGCCCGCCUUCAUGCCGCGCCCAUCAGGGAGGCACCGCCUGCGUGUGGCGCCGGGAAAGGGCCUGGGGAGCCGCCGACUCCCACCGGCCAGUUGGCAGUGAGCGGGCCGCGACCUCGGGCGGACGCUUCCAGGCGGCGCCGAGAACAUGGAGGCGGGAGUGGCAGACCAUUCUUUUCCACACCCCUCUGCUCAGCAGAGCCCUGGUUGCUUCUCCUUCCUGCCUGUCAGCCCCCGCCGCUCACCUAGUCCAGUUCCCUGAAGUGGGUGUAGGAUGCUGUCACACAGGUCACAUGGGGAGAGGCCAUCAGAGGAACGCUUCAGCUGUCAGAGUCUUCACGGGUAUCAAGGAAGAGCUUCCCAAGAGAAGCUGGUGGCCCUCCGACCUUCCUCCCUCACAGCUCCUCCUGCCCAUCUGGAGGAAAGUGGGGGCCACAGUCCAGAUGCAGGAGCUGGCUUUCCCAGACAUGGUGGCAUCAACAGGUGUACAUGAAGCGUGUAUGCGGUGGACAGUCCCAGCGGUCAAAGAUCUCCCCACAACUUCACCCCAGCCAAAGGCAAUCGGGUGGCCCUGGGGAAGGACUUCAGCUGAGUGAGUUCACCAGUCCUCAGGGGCAACCCUGAACAGUGAUUUCAUAGAUGCGUCUUCAGGGUCUCUUGUUUCUGAAGAGCCCCUUGGAGUCGCUGUCGGGAGAGCCUUAGCUAAGUGGGGCUCUAGCCUCUCUUCCUCAGCCCUCCUCCCAUAGCCAGAGUUGCUCUACUCUGUCUUUUUUGCAUAUUGGUCUUUUUUGUACUAUUUCUUUAUAUAUAUACCAUGAUUCUUCAGAAUGGGAUUGUACUAUUUUCUUAAGCAUUUGUCAGCUAAAACAAAGUUUUCUAAAAUGAAAACCUCCCUAGGCCAGUCCAACUUCUUCAUCUGUGAAAUGGGCUAAUAAAAGCACAUAGGAUUGGUUUGAGUGAA